CCCCACUCCACACUCCAAGAUGCCCACCGAAUCGCAAAGCGCAUCACUAGCAAGCACUCUCGUGGCCCGUUUUCUACGGACGCACAAUUACACGCAGACCCUCAACGCAUUUCUCCAAGAAGCGGGACUCCCGGCCGACGCGGGGCAACUUCGCGGCAAGGACAAUGCGCCCAGCUGGACGAUCGAAAGCGUGCUCGAGGAGAAGAAAGCUUUCGACCAGAGCGUGAACUUUGAACGCUACGGCGAGAACGACGAGGACAAAGAUGUCUGGAGUGUUCCAGCACCACUCAAGCCCAACAUCAUUCAAACGCCAACCGCCACAAACUUGCUGGCAUGUUCUGUAGAGCAAUGGCAACCGGCUGAUGAAUCCUUAUCGCCAUACCUGGUCGCUACAGGCGCAGACAAGCAUCUUCACCUCUUCAAAACGUCUCCUGGCAAUGACCUCGUCCAAUCGUUCACCGGCACAUCAGAGGCUCCGAUUCUAUCGUACGCCCCGAUCCAGGAUGGGAAAGACGUCCUCAUGACCAACAUGUCCGGACAACUGCUUCUCCAACGCGGCGCGCAAAUCCUAGACCGUCGCAAAGACCAUGCCAAAUAUGCCGUCAAAGUCAUCGUCCACGAGGAUGACACCUCUAUUUGGAUCGCAACCGCCGGCUGGGAUUCAAAGGUCUUCCUUUACCGAAUGCACACCGAUGAGUCUCAAAUCGGCGAACCAGUCGCAUCCAUCCCACUAGCCUCAAACCCAGAAUCCAUCCUCUUCAUUCGUCACAUCGACACAGAUCAACUGAUUCUACUCAUCUCGCGCCGCGACUCAACAUACCUUUACUACUACCAAGUCGAGCCGGAACGCCCCCAGCCUACUCCCUACGAAUGUCCCCUGCUCGGCAAACAAAACCUAGCACCCCACUCCAACGCCUGGGUCGCUUUCUCCCCAUCAUGUUUGGCCCUCAGUCCACACGACCCGGGUCUCAUCGCCAUCGCGACAUCAACUCUCCCGCAUUUGAAAGUCAUGAUUGUGCGGUUACUUUUCCCCGCAGCGGAGAGUCUGGAGGAGAAGCCGGAGCCGGAAACGCAAGCCGCGCAGGCUUUGGCUGCCCUGUCGCUGCAGAAUCGCGAGGACGCAGCUAUCAUGAUUCAGGCGAAUACGUUCGCGCCGCAGACGGCGUACUCCACGCCGCAGGUGGUGUGGCGGCCGGAUGGGUCGGGGGUGUGGGUUAAUGGGGAUGAUGGGGUGAUUCGUGGGGUGGAGACUAAGACGGGGAAGAUUGUGACGUUGUUGAAGGAUGGGCAUGAGGUUGGGUGUAAGAUUCGGACGAUUUGGGCUGGCUGGGUGGAGGGAGAAGAGGGGAGAGAGGAGUGGUUGGUUAGUGGGGGGUUUGAUAAGAGGUUGGUUGUUUGGAGGGUAUAGCACAGUAUAUAGUAUAGUGACUUGAGGAAGGUCGUGGUUGUAUAGGCUAAGUUGUUUUAUGGAGAACAGUCAAAGCAAUGGAGUCAAGACGGAUAUAAAAUGAAG